AUGACAAGGCUGAAGCUCGAAGAGUUGUGGCUGGAAGGGAACCCCUUGUGCAGCAUCGUCCCACAUCAGUCCACCUACAUAAGGACCACCUCCCUGGUCUCCACUGCUGACUUCCUCUCCCUUCCGCAGGAUGGCCAGGAGCCACUCCCAUCUACUAACUUUGGUAUUGAAGCUCACAAGAAGUUACCAACCUGCAAGGGAAGCUCCUUUGGAUCUGAUGUGCUGAAGAGUCUAGUCCUGCAAUUCCGGCAACAGUAUUACUUGAUCUAUGACUCUGGAGUCCGACAGGGUCUCCUUGGUGUUUAUCACGAUGAGGCCUGCUUCUCCCUGACCGUUCUCUUCAAUUCCCCGGACCAAGCCCCAAGCAGCUUGUUUGAGUACUUCAAGGAUAAAAGGAAUAUGAAAAACCUCAAGGACCACUACCUGUGGAUUCAGCUGCUGAAGCAUACAAAACGUGACAUUGUGUGCUCCCUCUGUGUGUUGCCCAAAACUCAGCAUGACCUCCUCUCCUUUGUGGUGGACAUGUGGUUCCAGACAGUGAGCACCUGCUUCCUCUAUGGGGCAGGCCCAGAAAGCUCACCCUCUCCUAACUUCCACCCCAACAAUAGCAGUGUGAAAUCAUGUAAAGAAUACCAAGAUAGAACUCCAGAAAGACAAAUGGAAAACACGCAGGAUGGGACCCUGAGGAACUGGUUCAAGAUCACAAUUCCUUAUGGGAUGAAGUAUGACAAGAUAUGGCUAAUGAAUUCAAUCUAGGGCCAUUGCAGUGUCCCUUUCACUCCAGUGGAUUUCCACUAUGCAAACAACUGGGCCCGGUUCUUUGUCCAGCGAGCUAGCGCUGCCUUUGCAUUGAAGGAUGUCAGCUACAAGAUUUGUGAUGAGGAGAACCAAAAGAUACCUAUCUUUGUCAGUACUUCUGCUGUACCCUACUCUGUGCGGGAUAAGUUGGAGCCAAAGGAAAUGGAGCAGCUAAAGCUGACCAUGAACAAGCGAUAUGAUCCUUCCAAGAAAGCUCUCGAACUUCAUAAGCUCUGCUUUGACCCAGACUUGGUGGGCAUUAAUAUUGAUAUAAUCCUGAAUCGAAGAAACUGCAUGGCUGCCACCCUGCAGAUCAUCGAAAAGAAUUUCCCUGAGCUGUUGUCCUUGAACUUGCGCAACAACAAACUGUACCAACUGGAUGGCCUCUCUGAUCUUAUACAGAGAGCCCCCACAGUCAAGAUCCUGAACCUCUCCAAAAAUCAGCUGAAAUCAGUAUGUGAUUUGGACAAGGUGAAAGGCCUGAACCCAAAGCUGUGGCUGGUAGAAAACCCCUUGUGCAGCACUUUCCCAGACCAGUCCACCUACACAAGGUUGGAUGGCCAGGAGUUACUUCCAAUUGUAACUGACAUUGUAGGCUUAGAGAUAAUAAAACUUUGUAAGGAAAGCUAUAAAGGAUCUGAGACUCUGAAGAAUCUAGUCUUUCAAUUCCUGCUUCAGUAUUACUUGAUCUAUGACUCUGGAGACCAACAGAGUCCCCUCAGUGCUUAUCACGAUGAGGCCUGCUUCUCCCUGACCAUUCCUUUCAACCCCGAGGACCAAGCCCCAUGAGUAUCACAAAGCAGCUUGUGCAAAUACUUCAAGAUUAGCAGAAAUAUGAAGAAAGUCAAGGACACACACCUGCGGGUUCAGCUGCUGAAGCACAGAAAGCAUGACAUUGUUGACUCCCUCAAUGCAUUGCCCAAAACUCAGCAUGACCUUAACUCCUAUGUGGUAGACCUGUGUGUCCAGACAGAAAUGAUCUGUUUUUCUGUCAAUGGGGUGUUUGAGGAAGUGGAAGUCAAGUCUCAAGGGUCUGUACGUGCCUUCACCCGAACCUUCAUCUUGACUUCUGGCGGCAAUUCCAGGGCCCAUCUUUCUUCCCGUCUGUGCAUCGUGAAUGAUGAACUGAUUGUGGGGAAUGCCAGGACAAAAGAAACCCAGAGCACCUUAUCCAUUCCAGUACCCUCAUCCACCUCCAGCUCCAUGCCCAGCCUCUCUGCAGAGCAGCAAGAAAUGGUGCAGGUUACCUCCACCCAGUCUGAGAGGAACCUCCAACUGUCUCAGAAGUGA